AUGGACAACCUCACGGCCUUCACAGAGUUCCUGCUCAUGGACAUCUCCAGCUCCCGGCAGCUGCAGCUCCUGCAGGGGGCGCUGUUCCUGGGGGUCUACCUGGGGGCGCUGGCCGGCAACCUGCUGACCAUCAGCGCCAUCGUGUCCGACCCCCGCCUGCAUGCCCCCAUGUACUUCUUCAUCACCAACCUGUCCUUCAUUGACCUCUGCUGCAUCUCUGUCACUGUCCCCAAACUGAUCAUCAACUCCCUGGUGGGCAGCUCGACCAUCUCCCUCGCUGAAUGUGCCACCCAGAUCUUCCUGUACAUCUUUUUUGCUUCGAUUGAGCUGUCAUUCCUGGUGGUGAUGUCCUACGACCGCUAUGUCGCCAUCUGUCACCCCCUGCACUAUGGGCUGACUGUCACCCCCCGGAUGUGCACGCAGGCGGCGGGGGGCUCCUGGGCCACGGGUCUGGUCUAUUCCAGCAUCCACACGAGCAACAUGUUCCGGCUGCCCUUCACAAAGUCCAACGUCAUCCACCAGUAUUUCUGUGACGUCCCUCAGGUCAUGAGGAUCUCGGCGCCGGAGGUCCAGUUCUGUGAGUUUAUCAUUCUCGCGGUCAGCGCUGGCAUAGUCGUGGGCUGUUUCACGUCCUUGGUCCUGUCCUACGUGAGAAUAUUCUCUGCGGUGCUUAAGAUGCGGUCAGCAGAGGCUCGCAACAAGGCCCUGUCCACCUGCACCCCACAACUGCUCAUCCUCGUCCUGUUUGUAGUUUCUUCGUUAGUGGCCGUAUUUGGGCCCACUGCAGACACAGCGUCCCUCACAAAUCUGCUGACCGCUGUCUUCUACAUCAUGGCGCCGCCAUUCCUGAACCCCGUCAUCUACAGCCUGCGGAACCGGGACAUCGGCUCCGCGCUGGCCAGGUUGUUCACCAGAUACUCUGGAAUCCCACACCAUCAUUUUCUUGACUGA